UUUCACGAGACGACUCGAGUCGAGGGUGGCACCCAACCAAUUUGCCCAAACCUGCUUCGAAUGGGCUCCUCUUCCUCGAGCAACGCUCAAGACACGCCUGCGCCGCCGCCUCCACCACCCCCUGCGCCGCCGGCGCCUCUCCACGUGAUGGACGCGGACGAGGACGACGACAACGUGAAGCAGCUCAACGAGUGCGCCGCGCUCUACCUCUCCCUCCAGGACUGCCUCAGCGAGUCCGACCGCAACUGGAAGGCCUGCCAAGCACAUGUUCAAGCUCUGAAAGCUUGUGAGGCGAGCAGAAAUAGAAGUGAAAAAACAUGAAAUACCUGCACUCAUCUUAGUGCCAGGUACCUCAUAUUAUCUUUGGCGAUGACACAAAUACACAAGCAACCUGUUGGUGUUCUCAGCUGUUGAUGGCAAAGAUCUGCAACAAGCAACACUGCAACUUAUAGUUUACUUUUGACUGAAAAGACAUAUGAUCAGUUUGCUUUCAUUGGCAACAUUCGCUGGACUUGUGUCUGUUUCUUCAGUUUGCUUUCAUCGUUAAAUGAGGAAGAGUAUUAGCACUUCCAUUUGACGACUACUAACUUCAACUAAGAUAUUAUUGUAGCACAAGAACUGCCCUUAGGGUUCUUUAUCA